CACCAGUUAGCGAGCAAAAGCGACGCGAGAGCUUCCGUGUUCCGCUGUCACGUGACAAAAACAAACCGCCCCAAUCCACCGCCGUGGAGGGGGUGUUUCAAACCUUUCGGGGCCCACGAGUGGAAGGAAGCAACCGAAAACGACUGAAGGACACGCAAGCGGCCCCGAUUCCUAUUUGUUUGUCAAUGUCUUUAUUUGUUAGUGAAAACCCAACGUCCGAGAUGAUUUCGCAGAAGAUGGUGCGACUCUGACAACAACUUCCGCUUCAGAUCUACUUCCGGAAAUGCGGGAACAAAGCGGGCGCGCAUUUCUCUCUUUCUUCACGAAUUUGAGCAGAGAAACGUCGACACAGCACGUGGAAAAAGGAAAAGGAAAGCAGCAGCGGGCAAAUCUUGACGUCCGGACGUUCAAGCUUCUUGGGCGAGCGGAAGUUUAGCUUAACUUAGCUUAGUUUAGCUUGCUAGGCGCCAACAAAGCAAGCAACACGUCGCGCGGCAGACUCGCGAGUGGGCGUGAAAAUGUGUGAAAAAAGCGUGAAGGACGAAGAGUGCGCGGAGGAAAUUUGGCGGGCGAAAGCGAACGACCGUCAACGACUUUGCAGGCUGCAACCUGGAAAUUCGCUCCGCGGAGAAGGUCUUCAUCCUGAGCAGCAGGUGCCAAAUCCUCCCCCCAUCAAAGAAGAAGCGGCGUCAGAGCUGCCCGACGUUCAGGAACACGAGGAGGAAAUCUGCAAGUUUCCACUGCCUGGUGUCACGGUGAAGAGCGAAGAAGCCAAUGGAGACCACCGGGGCGGACCCCAAGCGGAAGGCCUCUUGGCGCCGCUCUCGGAGAGCGACGACAUAACGUCGCACUCGUCCGACAACGAUGCCGACGAACAUUCCACAGCUCCUUCCGCAGUGUCCCGAGCUCCGGGGGCCAGGCAGAACGAAGAUGACGCGGGGGUCGCCGCGAGUGGCGAAGUGACAGCGGACGGCAGCGGGAAUCGACCCCGCCGGCGGCCGGCUGGCCGGAGACCGGUUAGACGGCGGGCGGGCCGGAGGCGGGAAAACGCUCCGUUCCUGGAUAUCCAGCGAGAUGGCUUCGAGAUGCUGGAGCAGGAGCUCUGCACGCUCAACAAGCACCUCCGGAGCCUCCAGAGCUUCCAGAGCGGCGUUCUCCCGCUGCUUACGUCCAUCGACGGCACGCUCCAACAGAUCGCCAACGCCGCGGAGCAGCUGGCCCCGCGCCCGAGCCCGGUCCGGCCCAGGCGGUCUCUGCAAAGGAGACGGGGGCAGGUGGUGGAGAGUGGAAAAGCGGGCGGGGGGAGUAGCGGAACUAAUUGCUGAUGAUUCAACAACCACGUGUUAACUCACCAUUCUC